CAAAAAGGCAUUCUCCAUCACCCCAAAGUCAUACAACUCGUCCAUACCACUCCCAUAGCUGAGAGAAUCUCUGCAAACUCCAUCCUUACCAUCCUCACACGCACCAAGAACAAGAGGAAGAAGAAGAAAGGAAAAGAGAGGAGAAAAGAGGAGUUUUAGGUGCGAAAACUUGUGGUUAAUAAGGUAUUCCAAGAACUUUCACGGAGUUGAAAGGGUCGCCGGAGUUGUCGCCGGAGUUAGUUGAAGUUCACCGGAGUUGCACCGGGACCAAAUCGGGGAGGCUAGAACUUCAUAAGCUUCAUUAAGGUUAAGGCUUGAGACCGAUUCCUGCACCUUUGCCUAGGGUGAUCAUCAAUAAGGAAGACGUGGUUCGUGCUUCCAUUCUUAUUUGAAACAAUAAAUGGAGGGUAGACGCAUGGCUACGAGGAAUAACCCGAGAGGGCAAACUCCGGUGACGUCCGUAAGGGCCAGCCAGGUUGCAUCUCGGGGUGCGAGAGGCGGUAGGAGAGGCCGUGGAGGCCGUGGAGGCCGUGGAGGUCAUCAAGCUCAAACCGUGAGCGAUGGCCAUGUUAGCUCGGUGCAUGGAACUCACACCGAGGAUUAUGACUCAACAUAUGUUCCUGAAACGGAACAUGAGGAGACCCCAUACGAUGGGGGUGAUACGUAUACCGAUGAUGACAAUGAUGAGAGUGAUGCCAAAUUCGCCCAGAUGGGUGAAUUGUUUGAGUGGUAUCAAAAGGAAAAGCUGAGGAGAGAUCUUAGGCGCCAAGCUAGGCGUGCCUCUCAGGGAGUUUCGGGUCAGGGAAGCCGGGGAGCUUCAGUGGCCAUUCCUGUGGCGACACAGGGGGUACAGGGGGGAGGUUUCUGUGUAAGAAUCUCCAAAUACCUCAAGGAGGCGAGGGCCUUGGGGUGUAAGUCAUUUGAUGGCAAGGGUGAUAUAUCGGUGGCUGCCGACUGGAUCAAGAAAUUGAAUGAGGCGACUAGGGAUAUGCAGAUCGGACUUGACAUAAAGCUAACGAUUGCUACCAGGCUACUAGAGGGGGUAGCUGCUGUAUGGUGGGAAGGCGUGGAAGGAAAGUUCCACGGUGAGACCACCUGGGAGAAAUUCGAAGUAGAAUUUUAUAACCAGUACUACUCAGAGUUUGAGAAGAACCAGAAGAGAAAGGAGUACAUGACCUUGACACAGGAGGAUGGGUGCUCGGUAAGGCAAUUGGAACAGAGGUUCCGGGAUUUGGCACGGUACAUACCCGAGUACGCCAUGGAUGAGAACCGUAUGGCUAAUCACUUCUGGGAUACCCUACAGUUGGAUAUUCGUGAUCGGGCUACCUACAAUCAUCACAUGACCUUGAGUGAGAUUGUGGAUCAGGGGCUACUUGGGGAAGCCAAGUGGAAUGAAAGGAAGAAGAGAGAUGCCGAAGAGGCGAAGAAAAGAAGAUGGGGGAAUUCUGGACCCCAAGACCAUUCUCGGAAACAUCACGCCGGGAAUGGAAGAUCAUUCAGGGCGCCGGAACCACCGGCAAAGAAGAGUAAGGGCCCAGGAGGGCAAGGGCAUAGCUCGGGGAGCGGGAGGCCACCGAGGUGUCCAAAUUGUAACAAGAAUCACUCCGGGAAGUGCAAUGAACCACCCCGGUGCUACAAGUGUGGUAGCACAAGUCACCUCAAACUCUCUUGCCCAAUGUUGAGUGGAGGUGGACCGUCGGAAGCUGUUGAGGCACCUACGUCUAGUAGGGGUCGUGCGGGACCAUCGCAGGGCGGCACGGGAAGGGGCGGACCCACGGCUAGUAACGCCGCGUCCGUUAACCAAGGGAGGACCCAAGCACGGGUGUACGCAAUGACCGAGGCUGAUGCUCGGGCCAACCCGGACUCCAUUGCAGGUUAAGGCUUGAGACCGAUUCCUGCACCUUUGCCUAGGGUGAUCAUCAAUAAGGAAGACGUGGUUCGUGCUUCCAUUCUUAUUUGAAACAAUGUAAUUGCUCAUGGAUAUUUGAUCAAUGUUUUCUGUUAAACUAUUAAAGGGCCUGCGUGCUCGUGUUUGCCACGUGUGGCUAAUUAUCAAACAUAUUUUCCGUUCCGCAUUUGUUUGACUAAUAUAUAUUGAUGUUGAUUGUAUGAGUUUACUAA